AUGGUAAUGCACAUGAAAAUCAUAUUUUUGUAUUUGUGCUUUUUGUAUUUCUUGGCUGAAUCAUCAUCAUCAUCAUCUACUAUCCAAAAUUACACAAGGUAUAAACAAAUCAGUAGCUUGAGGCUUGAAAGGAUUAAUAAUCACUUGGAAAAUAUUAACAAGGUUCCUGUUCUCACCAUAGAGAGCCCAGAUGGUGAUCUUAUAGAUUGUGUCCACAAAAGAAAACAAUUAGCUUUGGAUCACCCACUUUUAAAGAAUCACAAGAUCCAGAAAGUGCCGAGUGAGAUGCCAAGAGGGAUGAAGGUGAAGAAAGACGACAAUGAUGAUACUAAUAAUAAUACUAAGACUAAUGUGGGGGGUGGAGAAGGAAAAGGGAGGGUAAGAAGAGAUGUGUGGCAAAUGUGGCACCGAAACGGAACAAGGUGUCCCAAGGGGACUGUUCCGAUACGGAGGAGUACGGUGCAUGAUGUGUUGAGGGCGAAGUCUUUGUAUGACUAUGGUAAGAAACAACGGACACAAAUUCCGCUUGUUCGCCGGAGUGAUGCUCCUGAGCCUGAUAUACUCGCCGCCGGCAAUGGUCAUGAGCAUGCGAUAGCAUACACAGGAUCAUCAUCACAAGAGAUGUACGGUGCAAAAGCAUCGAUAAGCGUGUGGGACCCAUCAAUUGAAGUGAUGAACGAGUUCAGUCUCUCGCAAAUUUGGGUCCUUUCUGGAUCGUUCGAUGGUCCUGAUCUUAACAGCAUUGAAGCUGGAUGGCAGGUCAGUCCGGAGCUUUAUGGUGACACCAGACCCAGAUUAUUUACUUACUGGACGAGUGACUCUUAUCAAGCAACUGGAUGUUACAAUCUUCUUUGUGCUGGUUUUAUUCAAACCAAUAGCAAGAUAGCCAUUGGUGCUGCAAUUUCUCCAGUCUCUUCUUAUGCUGGCAACCAAUAUGACAUUUCAAUCCUCAUUUGGAAGGAUCCUAAGGUAGGAAACUGGUGGAUGAGUUUUGGCGACAACACAUUGGUAGGAUAUUGGCCAUCAGAGUUAUUCACGCACCUCGCCGGCCACGCCACCAUGGUGGAAUGGGGCGGCGAGGUGGUGAACUCACGCUCCAAUGGCCGACACACCUCCACCCAAAUGGGCUCCGGUCACUUCGCCGAAGAUGGAUUUGGAAAAGCGAGCUACUUUCGCAACCUCGAGAUUGUGGACGUUGAUAACACUCUUAGCUCAGUGCAAAGCAUUUCAACACUAGCAGAAAACACAAACUGUUACGAUAUUCAAAGCUCCUAUAGUAACGAAUGGGGUACGUAUUUCUAUUAUGGUGGGCCUGGGAAUAAUCCUCAGUGUCCAUGA